AUGCGAAUGUUAGCAUAUGGUGUGGCAGCAGAUGCGGUCGAUGAAUACAUCAAAAUAGGAGGUACGACAACAUUGGAGUGCUUACGUAGAUUCUGUAAAGGAAUCAUACGAUUGUAUGAGGAAGUGUACCUGAGAGCACCAAACCAAGAUGACCUUCAAAGAAUACUACAUGUUAGUGAAAUGCGGGGGUUCCCAGGGAUGAUCGGGAGCAUUGACUGCAUGCACUGGGAGUGGAAAAAUUGUCCUAAAGCAUGGGAAGGUCAAUUCACCAGGGGGGAUAAGGGAACCACCACAGUUAUUCUUGAAGCAGUUGCAUCUUAUGAUCUAUGGAUCUGA